AUGAGUAAAUUUUUUCGAGUUUAUAAAAAUAUGCUUGUUAAAUAUCCUAUGGGUAUGCAAGCGCUUCAAGCUGGCACACUGAUGGGUGUUGGUGAUCAAAUCGCCCAAAACUUGGUCGAGAAGCGGAAAAUUAGCGAACUGGAUUUUGUUAGAACAGCGCAAUUUUAUGCAAUUGGUUUCUUCAUGGCUGGACCUGCUGUGAGAGGUUGGUAUGGAGUUCUUGACAAAUUUUUCGGCUCCAAGGGCAGUGUCGUGGCCGUAAAAAAAGUCGCUUGUGACCAAUUUCUAUUUGCGCCUCCAUUCAUCGCUGCAUUGUUGGCGACCAUCGGCUUUCUACAAGGAAAUGAUGUCGAUGGGGUUAAAGAAAAAUUGUCCAAAGAGUACAAAGACAUUCUUAUAAAUAAUUACAAGCUCUGGCCUCUGGUUCAGUUAAUUAACUUUGGUCUUGUUCCACUUAAUUAUCAAGUUCUUGUCAAUCAAAUAGUCGCUGUUUUUUGGAAUACUUACAUCUCUUUCAGGACCAACAGAGAUGCUAUGACGCAUCAGUAA